CGUUAGCCAUAUUUUUCCGGUAAAUAAAGUAAAAUUUCGUGCAGUUUGUUGUUGUGCAAAACAAACUUUUUGGCUUUAAUCACAGCAGGAAUUGUCCUAAAUCAUGUCGAAGGGUGCAAAAAAGGGUGAAAAGGUCACAAAGGAGGAGGAGGUUGUUAAAAUAAACAAAUGGGAUGGAUCAGCGGUGAAGCAUGCAAUUGAUGACUCCGUCAAGACUGCCCUGCUGGAGAAGAAUUGCGAGGAGCACUUUGGGCUGGUUGAUGGGCGAUUGUUCAUCUGCAGCUUAGCCGUCAUUGUGGCUCUCGUGGCACUGGGGUGGGAUCACAAGUACCCCUUUCCGCAGUCAAAGCCCGUCCUCAUCAUCUGCGUGGCAUCGUACUUUGUCCUCAUGGGCAUCCUCACGCUCUACACGACCUUCUACGAGAAGGGCAUCUUCGCCGUGGCCGUGCAGAAGGACGGGAAGGGGACGAAAGUGUGGCAGGCCAGCAGUGAGAUGAAGAAAUACGACGACAAGUACUGCCUGAGUCUCACCGUGAAGGAUUCCCGUGGUGUCCGGGAGGCAUCUAUCGUGAAAUCCUGCGCAAAUUACAUCGACACCAAUGGUGUGGUGCUCAAUGAUCUCGUUGCCAAUGAGCUGACACGCCUCUACAAUUCCCUAAAUGCUGAGAAAAAGGACAAAUAAGAUGUCCCACAAUCAACAAAAUAGAUAUUUUUCCUUCAUUUCCAAAUUCCUUUCUCAAAACACACUGAAAAGAAAAACAAAUAAUAAACGAUUUGAAGAAAACUUUCAAUCUCAAAAA